AUGGCACCGGAAGACUAUGAAGAGGGCAAACAAAAUAUUAAACAAACAUUGAAAUCAUUUAACGAUACGGUAAACGCAUUCAAUAGACUACAACAAUAUCGACAAAAUGUUACCGAAAAGACAGCCGAACUUAACAAAAGAGUCAGCAAUAGAAUUGCCGAACUGUUGAUGACUAUAGACAUCGACCAGAAUUGUAUGAACUCAUUGAUGAGGAUUAUUAAUGGCAUGAGAAAUGGCGAUCUCUGGGCACUUAAAUUUCUUGAUUCCCAACCAUCGAUGAGUAUGAGCGUCGUCGAUAUGUCUGGUCCGCCGUACGGCAACUAUGAUGAAUGUCUGAGCAUCGAAAGUGCGGCCGAAACGGACAAACCGACCAUCAAAGGACAAUACUGUGCACUAGAUAUGGAUUGGAUUCUUGACAUUGAUCCGGCAGAUGUUGAUCCAGUUGGUCUCUUAAAAGCUGUAAACUCGUCGGAAAAGACGAAAAAGAUAUUUUUCAAUUUGUUAGGCUAUUACGGAAAUAUUGUGCUCAAGAGACAAAAUCGUCACGAAAUUGAUCUCACAUUUGAAUAUCUUGAGUACUUUGCCAGAGGAGUAAAGUUUAUAAACGGAUUUUGUUUGCCCACCACUUGUAAACCAAAUGACUUAGCGUUUGCCAUAAAUCAAUGUAAGGCUAGUAUUAUAUUGUCAUCGAUGGUAAUCGUGACAUUGUUGAGUACAAUCAUCGAUUUGAUGCCGAAGACUAUGUUUAUUAACAGAUGGAUAGCUAAUACAACAAUUGGUUAUAUAGUCAACUGUUUUUCCGGCCGUCAGAGUGCCAAACAAUUGUUUAGUUUGAGACAAUACGAAAAACUGAAAGCCAUGGAUGGUAUGAAAGCUGGCCUAACAUUUUGGGUGAUAUUGGUUCACACAUAUGAAUCGGGCGUUUUAGUAGUACACGUAAGAAACUAUUUUCUAUCGGUAGUCUAUAGGAUGAAAGAUGACUAUCGAAAUAUGCUGAUCCCUAAUCCUCUACUUAUGGAUAACUUUAUGUUUAUAUCAGCAAUCCUAUUGUGCAAUACAAUUAUGUCAAAAUUGGAGCAAAGUAAAGGACGGUUCAAUUAUAUACAAUUUAUUAUAUUCAGAUAUUUACGAGUAGUUCCGAUACUAAUUAUCGGUAUUUGCAUAUCAUUUCUCUUUGAAUACAUAGGAGAUGGUCCAUUUUGGGGUAAUAUGAAAAUUUUUGUAACUGAACCGUGCUAUAAAAUAUGGUAUGCUUCGGCUGACUUUCAAUUGUAUGCAUUGUCGCCGAUAGCCUUUCUGGCACUCUAUAAGAUGCCAAAAAUAGGUGUCAUCUGGAAUUUUGUGCUAUUAAUCAUCGGUAUAUCGAUACCGUUGUUUAUGAGGUACGGUAUGGCCGAUAUGCCCCACAUCUAUGAAUCAUUUACCUGGGAUAACGUCAUCGGAAACAUUAAUGGCUGGCAGUGGCAGUAUUGGUCGUUUUUUCCGUAUGUACAGACCUAUGUUAUGGGUAUGCUAUUGGCUUACACUAUCAGACGCCAUCCCAAUGCAUAUCUGGGCGGCCGAAUAGGCGAAGCAUUUCUAUGGUUGAUCACACUAUCCAUAAGCUUCUGGAUUGUCUUCUGGAACAAAGAUUUUCUACAAUUUGAUUACAAAUACGAUGGCUUUUACGGCUACGAAAUGCAUGCAUAUCUAGUACUCCAUAAAGUCUGUUAUUUGACAGGUUUUUCGUGGCUUAUCUAUGCCUGUGCUACCGGUAGAGCCGAUACAUCUAUUUGUGAUUUUAUAUCGAAUCGGUACAUUACGGGAACAGGUCACCUAUAA